UACUGCGCAUGCGUGUAUUUAUUAAUAGUUCAUUUCAGUAUCAAAUUUCUGUGAAGCAAAUUUUCAGUCUCAUCUUUAGCGAGGAGGGGUGUAGUUGUUGUUAGUGAAAGUGCGAUUUUAGUGGAAAAGAAGAAUUCACAACACAGGGAUUUGAAGAAAAUUUGUGAAACGAUAUUAUCAAUCCAAUAAAGAUGGCGGAGACUGUAAAGAAAUCUAGAAUAGUAAGUGAUGAAGAAGAAAAUCUCGAAGAAGCUUUACUGGAAGAGUUUAACAUGAGACUAAAAAAUUGCAUGAGCAAAGAUGACCUCCAAGAAGCUGAUCAGUACCCAGAAGACAACUUCUACGAAAAUAUUAGCAAUAACAUACGUCCUGUUCCCAAAAGCGGCAUAGCCAGUAACGAUUUCAUUGAAAAUGAACGUCACCAGUACUACGACACCCCCGUCAUUACCCUGAACCUUAAAAAUGGCAGCUCAGAAACCCAAAACGGCCACGACGUUGAAGAUGAAAAUUUAUACGAAACGUUACCGGAACCAAGUAAGACUGAACUGACGGACCAAUCCCCCGAGACGCCCAAACUUAAUCUUAACUUAGACUUAAGUCCGAAAAUCGAAGUAGCGAACGAGUACGAAAUCAUCAACAAGGAAAUCGACAAAGAAACAACUGAAAGGCCAGAAUUUAGUCUAAACACUACAGAUUUUUCAGAGCUACAUCUUUCACAAGAAGAAAACGUUAAGUCGGUUAAAGACAGAAUGUUGCUAAUGACAGAUGACGCUGCUACGCUGCUAUUCACUCAAACCGUCACUUCCCCGAUGCUAACUCCUUCCGAAGAAAACAUUGACUUCCUUAAAGGCUUCCAGAGAGAAAACACCAACUCAGAUGAAUCAGCUUCCAAUGAAAUACCUAAGGAUGAUAAAGAAGAUAAAGAAGAUAAAGAAGAAGAGAAUACCGCCAGUGAAGUGAGUGCUGAAAUAUCCACAAGUGAACCACCAGUUAAUACCAGUACGCAGGAAGAAGUCAAAGUAUACGAGAAUUCAGAAAACAUCUACGAAAACUUAAAGGAACCGAUCAAUGAAAAUAUCUACGAAAACCUAAAAGAAGUUAAAGAUAAAGUAGAAGAAUUAGCAAACUACGAUGAACACAUAUAUCAAGAUAUUGAAGAUUACCCAAAGGACCUCUACGAACCAGUGGAGGAUCCAGUCAAAAAUGAUGAAUUUAUGGUAGAAAAUAGCUUGUACAACAAAUUAGAUGAAUUGACUCAAUUCCACAACGACGAAAUAGUCACUGAUCUAGAUGCAGUUGAGAACGACAUUGAAGACGAACCUGUGGAUAAUAAUUACGAAGUUAUAUCAGAAGAUGAACCUGAACCAACUAAAGAAUCGCCAGAAGAAAUCAUCCGAGAAAAUCACAUCGAUGAAAUUAAAAAAGAAGAAGUUGAAUAUGAAAGCAUUACUGACAGCAAUACUGAAGAAUCUCUAGACAGUAAAACUAAAGAAACUUACACAGAAUUUUUAUACCACAGCAAAACAGAGAGCAACUAUUACGAGAAGUAUACAGAAGUCGUAUCCAAAAACACAGAAAUCAGUAACAGAGAAAAAGAUACGGAAACAGUUCCUGCUGAGAUAGUGAAGAAUCUGAAGAGUCAGUUUCUUAAAGGAGAUGCAGAACUAGUGUCUGCUGUAUCCAAAAAGGAAAUAGAGGAUGUUAGUCAGUUGAAAAUGGUCAAUAUUAUAAAGCAAAUUAAUAAGUUUGAGCUUAAGGAUAAUGGAGAAGCAGCUGACGAUGAUAGCACCGUAACUGAAACUUACACAGAAACCACCACGAUCCAGUCCGAUACACCCGAGGAGAAGGUUUUAAAAAAGAAGAAAACUAAAAAAUCGAGGAAGGAGGAAAAGGAAAACAUUUCAGUGAAUGGCGAUUUAGUGAACGGGGAUUAUUGCUAUAAUGUGAAUGUUAGAAACUUGUGUAGAAGUUUUGGAGACUUAACAAAAAUCCCCGACGACACUAGAAGCAAAUCAUCAUCUAUAUGGAAUACUGGGCGAUCUAAGUCUUUAUCGGAUGUCUUGCUUUCAUCUAACAAAAAAAAUAUCGAGAAUGUCUUCUCGGAAGUAUCUGUAAGGGCACUGAAAGAAAAGUUUAACAUCUUCGAGAACAAAGAUCCUCUGGGUAUAGUAAAACCUACCUUCAAAAAUCCCGUAAUGAAAUCCAGCUUUAGUAAAUUCGAUGCCCUCCAAAAGAAGAAUGUUCUUCACAUCAGAUCAUCUGAUUCCGCCAAGGCUCAAGAGAAAUUUAACGGUACACAAAUCGACAUGACAAACUGCAAGGCUUGCGCGAAGCAAGUCUUUCAAAUGGAACAAAUCAAAGCUGAAAAAGCAGUUUGGCACAAAAACUGUUUCAGAUGCACGGAAUGUAGUAAACAGUUAACCGUUGAAACAUACGCGAGCCAUGAGGGCACGCUCUACUGCAAACCCCAUUUUAAGUCCCUCUUCGCCCCCAAGGCCGUUGAAGAUGACACUCCAUCAAGGCCUAGAAAGCCUGAACUUAUCAUUCGAGAGAAUCAACCACUCGAAUUACCCCCAGAUGUAGUUAGAGCAAGCGACAAGCCCGACUUGGGUCUCGAGGAACUCCAGAGUUUAAAUGUAAAAGAACGCUUCCAAGUUUUCCAACAAACUCAGUCGGAGACUCAAGAGAUGGACAGAGGACCCACUCCUGUCAAUGUUAAAAAGUCACCCUCCAUUUUAUCGAAACUCGCAAGAUUCCAAGCUAAGGGCAUGGACGUCGGUGUAUCCGACGAAGCAUUGAAUGGAAUACCUAUCGAAGAGUCCUCUUCUGAAGCCGAAGAAGAGGAGGAGGAAGUGCCCGAAGGAGAGGAUCCCACUCUGUACAGGGCCAAAAGGGUGCAAAAGGAAAAACCGUUCCAUUUUACUAAUCUGAAUGAAGUGAAGAAUAAAUGGGAACAGGGAGAGCAAAAUUCGAAAGAUGAGAGACGGGAGGAAAGGAAACAGGAGAUCCAAUCCAUUAGGAAUAAAUUGUUUUUGGGAAAACAAGGGAAGAUGAAGGAAGCAUACCAGCAAGCUGUAAUCCAAUCAGAAUCUUGCACAAAUCUCGUAAAAUCAGAGAAAAUAGAGUCCUGUGAUACCAAGUCUCUGAAAGAGAGAUUCGAAAAAGGAGAAUUGGUAAUAGAACGAGAAGACUCCAGGAACGGAGACUCAGAUGAUACCGAAGUGUUCCAAAGUGAAAUUAGUAAGAAAUCUAGGUCCUUGUUCCUUGAACUUGAUGCCAAUGCUGCCAAACAGCCCCAGAGCAUAUCACCUGUUGCUGUACCUAAAGUAGAUGUGAAAAAAGCUCGAGAGGCAUACUCGAAAUCGGUCUCCGAAGAUGUAGUAAAAUCUUCAGAGAUAGAAGAAGUGAUCGAGGUCAAGACGGCCGAUAUUCAAGAACGUUUCAAGUUCUUCGAAACGUACAGGGAACCGGAGAAAGAGAGGAAGCAGUUCAGGAUUACGCCACCACGAGACCCAUCACAAGUGAAGUCUGACACUCCCGACCGUGAAAUCUACCAUGAUCCAGAAAUUAUUCGUUCUGAUGAGAUAGCCGACGAUUCGGAAGUCGCUAGGGCUUCACACACAGCUUCGAAGAUGUUAAGCAAGUUCAAACAAAUGGAGGAGAACUUUUCCAGGGACCCAGAACCACAAGGUCCUAAACCAUUGAAACGAUUCACUCCACCACCAGAGCCCACCAGAACUGAAAGCGAAAGUGAAGAAGGAUCGGCUACCGAGGAAGAAAACGAAGAAGAAGAAGAGGAUCAGACCGAUAACAACAAAUUACCUGAAGAUUUGAUCGAAGCACAAAAAGCAGCCAGAGCUAGACAGCUCAGAGCCAAAUUUGAAAAAUGGGAAGCUCAAGAAAUUAAAAGAGAGCAGAAUCAAAGUGUCAACGUUAUCGAAGAAUAUGGUGAUGAAUCCCAAGUCGAAUCAACAAAAUCGUUAAGAGCACGUUUUGAAUCAAUGAGGGAAACAAGCUCAGACAAAACAAGGACACCUCGUGUAAAAGUCAAUAGAUUUGUGUGAAUGAAAAAUACUGAAUGGAGUCGUCCAAACACUUUAAGCCUAAUUGUAUUAAAGAAUCUACUAGUAAUUAAUGAAAAACAAACUUCGUACUGUCAUUAUACCGUACGUCUUGUUGCGCCAGCGCCACGUACGGUUCCUUCUCGAACUACCGUAGACAGUAGACUUCUCGAACAAUUUCGAUUGUCGAUUAUCUCACCAAUUUAUGCAUGUCAUUCUUGCUGUGGAUAGGGUUACGUCAUUUUAAAUCAAUUUUAAAUGUAUUAAUGUAACUCUGCACAAUCAAAUUAUUUUAUCCGAUGUAUUGAGUAUAUUUUUAUAUAUUUUUAACGUUUUUUACUCAGUUGUUAGUACCAAAAAAGAACGGAUUCAGUCCUAGUUUAUUUAUGUAGCGAUUGACCAGCUUGUGGCAUUUUGAUUCAUGGUUAGCGGCAUAGCAGAUCUAGAAAUUUGCUUUGGGGGAACUUGCCUAGAAGGAGUGGGGACUUCCAAUGAAACACCAACCAAAAGCCAUAAAAAAGAUAAACAGAAAAUAAAAAAAAGACAUAAGAAAUAUCUUGAUAUAAAUAAUAAAUUUAUGCAAUAAGGUUUUCUUAAUUUUGCUAACUAGCUGUUUUAUUGAAUUAAAUUUGUCUAUCUAUGGUUUAAGUUUCAUAAAUUUUGGAUCUUCUUGUGGGGAGGACUUUCCCCUAUUUCCCCCCUCGUAGAUCUGCAACUGGUUUGCAGCUAGAUAUAAUUAGGCAAGCAACAAUUUUUAUUGCAAAAAUCUAGUUCGUUUUGUGUAGUAUUUCCACUUAAUUUUACCGUAAAUUUUAUAGUUUUAUUGCUUCCUGGACUGUACAUACAUGCCUGAACGUUGGUAACCUUUAUUUGCAAGGUUGGCACUUCGCUAUUAAAAUUACUAUAAAUUUUAGCGCCCUAAAUAUCCGCUUUAACCAAUAUAUGUUUUUUUGUAGAUUUUAUUCUACUAGUACUUGUAGUUACCAAGUGUUUUUUUAAAGUCCAUUUUUAAUGCCUUGUUGUUUUACUUUUAAUAUUUUUUAGAUCAAUUUUAUAUUUUUAUGAAGAAGUUUCAGAAUUGUGAAAAAUUUUAAAUUCAAGCACACUAUAUUUUCACCUGCACUAUACCAAUACUUCGUACCACCCAAUCUUUUUGCACCUACUAUGUUUAUCAAAAUGACAUUAAGCUAUCGAUUUAAACGCGUCUUUGUUUAUUUUUAAUUAAAAAAUAUUCUUAUUUUCCCUUCUCUUCUAAAAAUAUUUUUACGGCAAAAUGAUGUCAAAGUAUUAAUAACUGAGCUCUAUGUACACUUUUCAUAAUACUAAUAUAUGAAUAAUAAACUUUUGAAGGCUUGAAACCAAUGUCUUUGCUAAUAUUCUCAUAAUUUGUACAAUUUUUUGUUGUCUAAUCCACCUACGGUUGACGAAAACUGUUUCAGCAUACAAAAUACACCAACUAUUUCUGUCAGUUAGAUUUUUGAAUAAAUCCAUAUUUUAUAUAAUUUUAAAGAUAUCGAUUGUAUUUAUUUUUACCUACAUACAAAAUCGAUACUGUCCGAUUCCUACCCAAACGUUUUUGAGUAUACAGUACGUAAAUCUUUCAGCUGGACAUAGAUAACACACACUAAGGCAAGUGUGGCAACUGCGCACUCUCGAUGACACUGCUGUCGUCAAGGCCGCAGACGAUUUAACUUUUAGUUUCUAUUUUAAUUCAGUUUUUUAAAUAUUUUCUAUUUAAAAACUAAUUUACAAAUUAAACAGACACAGUUUUCCCAUUCCAUCAGGCCAAAAAUAUUCAGCUACUACAUUGUCAAGUUUUGACAUGACGUUUAUACACGUCAUGACAAUCUAGUAGUUGAAUAUUUUUGGCCGGAGGGAAUCGAAAAACGUCUGUUUAACUUGGAAAUUAGUUUAAAAAAAAAUAUUUUAAAAAUUAAAUUAAAAUAGACACUAAAAGUUAAAACGUCUGCGGUCUUGACGACAGUAGUGUCAUCGAGAGUGCGCAGUUGCCACACUUGCCUUAGUGUGUGUUAUCUAUGUCCAGCUGAAAGAUUUACUUACUAUGUUAUAUUUCUACAGGUAUAUAGAUAUGAUUUUGCAGAUCUCUUUUUAUUUUCCUCCGUUUCAGUUCAUUAACAAAAUAAAUUCUUUCUAUUUUGCUCAUAAUCCCUCUGGAGCAGAUACAAAAAUGUUAUUAUUUGAUAGAAUCAAAGAAAUGGUUUCAAGUUCUGAUAUAAUAACAUAACUCAAGUGAGAAAUUGACGUUUAAUAAUUUAGCUUAGGUAAAAUGUUUUGUACUAUUGUCGUUGUGUUUUCUUUCAAUUACGCAGAACUAAAAAAUGCUCUGAAAAAACUGUGUUAAAAAUAACAAUUUUGUUAAAAAGGGUGAAGGACAGCGAUAUGAUUCAGAUACCUCUCAAAAAGGGUUUAAUACUAUAAUAUAUUCGAUAUUAAUGACAUCUAGUAUCGAUUUAAAACAUCUAAUACUCCUGAAAUACUUGAACCAAUAAAAAAUAUUCUUUGUGGCAUGUUUUGUCCUACCACAAUGAAAAAGAAAGAGAAGAAAAAUAAAAAUAUAUUAAAUUUUACAAACAUACGAAUACUGUUUAUAGUUCAAAUAAUCAGUUAAUAAACACACCAAAACCUGAAAAAGUAAAAUAGGACAACUUCAAAAACAGGAUACCUUUUGAAACGUUGAUCAUUCAAUUCGCUGUGUGUCACCCUAUAUGCUAUUUAGUAUAAUUUACAGUAAGACACCUUGUAUUUUGUAGCGCGUUUAUUGGAUAUUUUGAGGACUUUUAAAUCCUGUUAGCGGUGUAGUGAGAAAGUACUCGAAAAGUACAAGGUGGUCUUUGUAUAAAGGUUGUCACUUACUUGCCCGUUGUCAGUCGCGACAGUUUGUUCCGUGUACACUGUAUGAUUUAAGUUCGCUGUGAGGUGUCAAAUGUCAUGAUGUUUUCUUUUCGUUUCUUAUUAUUUCCAAAAUUGUAGUUAGGGAAUAACUUAUUCUGCAAAUAUACUAUAGCCCAUGAUGUUUUUUCGUGGUUUGUCAUUAAACUCAAAACAUCCUAGCAAAAACAGAAUAUGAUCGAAUAAUGGCCAUAGCCACCACUAUUUUGCAACAAAUCUAUUGUCUUUUGCUUAUAAGGCUUUUCAUCGAUUGUCAUUUGUUUCGAGCUCCUAUCAUAUGUUGUAUAAUCUGUGUAUAAUAUUAAUAUACACGGAUUAUACGACAUAUGACAGAAGCUCGAAACAAAUGACUGUGAAUGAAAAGCCCUAUUGAGAUCUAACGUCAUUUGUGGCCUAAAUUUGAGACAAAUCUCCCUAUCUUGUCGAUCUGUUUCUGGCAAGUACGCGACAACCUUUUGCGAAAGUUUGUAAUACUGAAAAACAUGUAGAUAGGACCUUUAGAUUUAACAAAAAACAGUAACUCUAGAUGGUCAUUUUUAUAUUAAAUAUCUAGGUAUUUUAUUAAGUUUUUUCUAUUCUAGCGCUUGUUUUAAAUAAAAAAAGUUCAUAUUUUAAAGUGAUUAUUAUAUACUGAUAGUAGGUAGAGAUUAUUUUGUUGUAUGUUCUCGUUUAUGUUAAAAAAAGUCUAAUUGUUGGAUAUUUUGGUAAAAUUUUUAAAAAUCUAGAUGUUAACAACUGUGAAAUCAAACCAAAAAAUCUGAACGUCUAUUGAUAUGAUUGAGAAUUUUCUAGGUUAUGAGAUUACGAUAUUUUAAAGAAUUAAUUUAUGUAAUUUGUGCCAAUUUAUACUGAUUUUUGAGUGAAAUAAACUGAAUUUUUUAAUGUC